CUGCGGCGAGGGGGAGCCGCGGGCUGUGGGCGGAGUUGUUGCGCCGGGAGACGGUCGGUCGGACAGAGACGGACAGAGACGGACAGAGACGGUCGGCGGCUUCUCUACGGACCGGGAUCAGAUACUGGUGUAUUGUGCCUCUACCCGACAGCACAGCGGGCAGCUCCUCUACAGCAGCAUGUCGGACUGGCGCUCGCACUACCACAAUGACGAUGAGGAAGAUCAGGAUGAUGCCGAGGACAAUGAAGAGGAAUUUAAGUUCGCAGGAAGGGACAGCUUAAUCUUCCUCAUUGAUGCCUCGGAAUGCAUGUUUGAAGUGGACAGUGAAACGGGCAUUUCACCGUUUAACCUGACGUUACAGUGUGUCCACAAGGUGUACACCAGCAAAAUCAUCAGCAGCGACCGUGACCUCCUGGCUGUUGUCUUCUUUGGCACUCAAAAGCACAAGAACUCUGUGGACUUCAAGCACAUCUAUGUCCUCCAUGACCUGGACACUCCAGGUGCGAAGCGAGUGCUGGAAUUGGAUGGGUAUGAAGGAGAGAAGGGGAACAAGAUGUUCAAGGAGGACCUGGGCCACAGCCGGGACGUCUCGGUGGGAGAGGCGCUGUGGGCCUGUUCCAACCUCUUCAGCGACGUCAAGCUCAAGCUGAGCCACAAGCGCAUCAUGCUGUUCACCAACGACGACGACCCUCACGCUAACGACAGCUCCAAGGCUCGCAUGGCCAGAACCAAGGCCAGUGACCUCCGUGAGACAGGUAUCAUCCUCGACCUAUUGAACCUGAGGAGGUCGGGUGGGUUUGACACGUCUCGCUUCUACCGUGACAUUGUGAGCCAGUCGGCGGGUGAAGAUGGGGGCAUGCAGUUCAAGGAAUCGGCCAAACUGGAUGACCUGCUUCGGAAAGUCUGGGCCAAGGACUACAAGAAAAGAGCGGUCACCAGGCUGAACCUGAAGCUGGGAGGAGGUGUGGAACUGUCGGUCGGCGUGUACAACCUCAUCCACAGUGCCAGAAAACCGGCUGCAGUCCGCCUCUAUCGAGAGACCAACGAGCCCAUCAAAACUAAAACCCGCUGGUUUAACGGCGAGACCGGCAGCCUGCUGCUGCCCAGUGACACCAAAAAGGCCCAGGUGUAUGGACAAAGACAGAUUGUUUUGGAGAAGGAAGAAACUGAAGAGCUGAAGAGGUUUGAUAAUCCGAGCUUGGUCCUCAUUGGCUUCAAGCCAUUGUGUCUGUUGAAGAAGCACCAUCACAUCAGGCCCUCGCAGUUCGUUUACCCGGAGGAGGAGUUCAUAACAGGAAGCACGACUCUGUUCAGCGCGUUGCUGACCAAGUGCCUGGAGAAAGACGUGUACGCCAUUUGUCGGUACACCCCGCGGCGGAACACGCCACCUCGGUUCGUGGCCAUGGUCCCACAGCAGGAGCAUCUGGAUGACCAGGAGAUGCAAACCAUGCCUUCAGGAUUCCACCUAACCUUCUUGCCAUUUGCUGACGACAUCAGGAAGGUCAGUUUUCCAAAGAGUGAGAAGGCUAAUCAAGAUCAGAUCGAGAAGAUGAAGAGGGUGGUGCAGAAACUCCGCUUCAAGUACAGGCCGGAGAGUUUUGAGAACCCCGUCAUACAGAAGCACUUCCGCAACCUGGAGGCCCUGGCGCUCGACCUGAAUGAACCGGAAGAAAUGGAGGAUCUGACUCUGCCAAAGGACGACGUGAUUGAUAAGAGGCUUGGGCAGCUGGCUGAGGAGUUCACAAGCCUGGUCUACCCUCCGGACUACAACCCCGACACAAAGGGCCAGCAGAAACGCAAGCUGUACGAGCCGGGUGGCGGAGGGGAGAAGAAGGUGAAGGUGGAGACGCCGAUGGGGGAGGAGGAGAUCAGAGAACUGUUGAAGAGCGGGAGUCUGGGCAAGCUGACGGUGCCGAAGCUGAAGGAGGUGUGCAGGCAGUACGGGCUAAAGGGCAGCAAGAAGCAGGAGCUGCUGGACGUAAUCUCCGCCUACUUCUCCGCCCACUGAGGGCAGUGCAACACACACUGUCUAACCCACUCUGCGGCAACACCAGGCCCACGGCCCAUCACCGACCCAGAGCUCCACAAAGUACAACAUGCCCACUAUUUUUGUACCACUUCUCACACGUUUAUUUUAUCUUUUUUUGUGAAACCUUGUCAAUAAAGCCUUAUAUUUCAGA